AUGACUUUCUCUUUCAAUCAGAAUGUCUCAGCGCAACAGCUGGCCGACAUUCUACCGAACGGCGUCGCCAUCCUCACCCACCGAUACGAACUGAUCUCCGUGAAUCGACGGUUCCGUGAACUCAUUCCACACCCCAGCGUCAACUUCUCUGAGUGUUGGUUACGCUCCGUCCAUCCUGACGACUACGACCGGGUGUCCACAGGGUAUCGGGAGGUUGCAACCUCCAAACGACCGCUGCGUCUGGAAUACCACACGCGCGACCCGGACUCGGUUUGGUGUGUCAUGACUUUGGAUCGGCUGGACGAUAAGGGUGUACAAUGCUUUGGGCUAGGCGACGAUGGCGUGUUCAUCUGUACAGUCGCAGACAUCACCCCGGAGAAAAGGGCAGAGCUCCUACAAAAGCACGCUGCCGAAGAGGCACAGGAACGCAAGAAGCAACAAGAGCGAUUCAUCGAUAUGAUCAGCCACGAAAUUCGCAAUCCUCUUUCUGCGAUAGUACAUUGCACGGAGGAUAUUCAAGAGGCAAUCUAUAACAAGAACCCGGGUGAUAUCUCAGUCAUAGACAUCACUGAGGCAACAGAGACAAUUAGUCUCUGCAUCAGGCAUCAAAAGAAAAUCGUCAAUGACGUUCUCACAUUUUCAAAACUUGACGCGUCGAUGCUGCCGCUGUCGCCACGAAAGGUCCAGCCACAGCGACACCUCACUAUUCCGAUGGCGAUAUUCCGACCCGAACUCCGAAAACACAGAAUACACUUCGAAUACAAGACCGAUGUUACCUAUGCCAAAUGCGGCAUUGAUUGGGUCAUGGCAGACCUAGAUCGAAUGGGCCAAGUUCUCAUCAACAUACUCUCGAAUGCUAUCAAAUUCACCGCGCAAUCGAAGGGUCAGCGAUCGAUCCGAGUUUCGGUGGCUGCUUCUAUCGAACGUCCAACUUCCUACCCACCAAAUAUUGUCUUCUUCGAUUCAGGUGAAUCAGAGCUCCGCCAAGACGCGACUAACAAUUCCGAAUGGGGAAGUGGCGAAGUUGCAUAUAUCAUGGUCGCCGUCAAGGAUUCGGGUAUUGGCGUCACUGAGCAAGCUCAGAAACGCCUCUUCGAACGUUUCAACCAAGCUACCCCCAAAACCGAGAGCAUCUACGGUGGCUCUGGUCUUGGGCUGAAUGUGUGUAGGAAGCUCUGUCACCUACACGGGGGUGAGAUUGGUGUGAGCUCCAAGAAAUCCCACGGAAGUACCUUCGGGUUCUUUUUCAAAGUACGCAGAACAACCAACGAAGCUGGCGAAGAAGAUGAUAGUGUCGAGAUUUCCGCAAUCGAUAAGCUCUGUGUUGAUAUCCAGACAAUGGGAAAUAAAAUGCGCGGUGUGGAUGAAACGACAGAAGAACCCCAGAUGUCGGCAAACCCCCCUGAAGAUAGCAUCUCUGAGGCACAGCCAGGUGGCCCAAAGGACGCAGACACACUUUGGACUCAAAGUAUAGCCCACGAGGUAGAGAACGAGCAGAUCGAAAGAACGGGUCAAAAGCCUCCAUCGCGUUAUGAUCACAAGAAACUAACCGGCGACGGCCAGCGUAUUCUCUUAGCUGAGGAUAACAUUAUCAACAGACGAAUUAUCUCGCGCAGGUUGAAUACACUGGGCUUUAACAUAGUUGAAGCGAGCAACGGGGAGGAGGCUGUGGAUGCGAAUAAAAAAGACUCAUUUGACUGCAUUCUCAUGGACCAGCAGAUGCCGGUGAUGGAUGGCAAACGCGCCACCAAAGCAAUCCGUGACAUUGAAAAGGAAAGUGGAGGACAUGUACCCAUUCUGGGAGUCACAGCGAAUGUCAGAGACGAACAACAGAAGGAAAUGCUCAGUGCUGGAAUGGAUGAUAUCAUCCAUAAACCUUAUGGGACUCAGGAGCUUGUCAAAAAGAUCCUCCACCUGGUCUCGAAGGAAGGGAAUCCAUAA